AUCAUUUCCGCGAGCAUUCCAAUUCUCAGCCUGGAGAGGAGCUUUUAAGGCAGCCUGGAGUCAACUCCCUUGCCUCGUCUGAAACUUGUCAUGCAGCCGCAUCCUAUCACUACCUCUCUGCCGACGUUUGACAAGCUUGGCGUCCAGCCGCCUACGGACGUUGACGCUGAGAAGAUCGGACGGUCAUGGACUGAGCAGCUCGCCCAGUUCGCCUCGUCCAAGGACGUUCAGGGCAUUCUUUCGAUCAUUCAGCCCGACGGCUGGUGGCGCGAUAUCUUUGCACUUACCUGGGACCUCCGCAGUUUCCAGGGCGGCGACCAAAUUUCCAGGUUCCUCGAGGACCGGCUCGAUCUCCAGGGCUUCAACGAUGUCAAGUUUCGCAGGGCCGAGUUCCAGCAGCCGUUCCCGGACAUGGCUUGGAUCGUUGUCCAGUUCGAUUUCGAGACGAAGGUAGCGACAGGGCGUGGUAUCGCUCGUCUCGUUCCGAACAAGAAUGACCACUGGAAGGCCGUUAUCGUCUGCACAAACCUGGAGGAACUCAAGGACUACCCCGAGGCAAUCGGUCCAAACCGUAAUCCGCUCCCGAACCACGGCAAGUGGGCGGACCAGCGCCGUCAGGAGGCAGCGUUCGAGGGAAGGGACCCAGAGGUACUUAUCAUCGGUGGUGGACAGAGCGGAUUGGAUGUUUCGGCGCGGCUCAAGAGCCUCGGCGUGUCUAACCUGAUUAUCGAGAAGCAACCUCGCAUCGGUGACCAGUGGAGGAAUCGGUACGAGGCUCUGUGUUUGCACGACCCAGUCUGGUUCGACCACAUGCCGUAUCUCAACUUCCCGCCAACUUGGCCUAUCUACACCCCUGCCCAGAAGCUCGCUGAAUGGCUCGAAUUUUAUGCGAGCACGAUGGAGCUCAACAUCUGGCUGUCCUCAACCGCCACUGCCGCGAAAAAGAACCCCGAGACCGGCAAGUGGGACGUCACCGUGAAACGUGCGGAUGGCUCCGAACGCCAGUUCCAUGUCGAUCAUGUCAUCAUGGCACUUGGCCUCGGCGGUGGAAAGCCUAACAUCCCCGACAUCCCCGGAAGGGAAGAGUUUCAGGGCCAGGUGCUGCACUCGACGCAGCAUAAGACCGCCAAAGAUCACAUUGGCAAGAAGGUUGUCAUUAUUGGCGCAUGCACAUCAGCACAUGAUAUCUCUGCUGACUGUGUCGAGCAUGGCGUAGAUGUCACGCUGUUCCAGCGCAGCACUACGUACAUCAUGACUACCAAGGAGGGCAUGCCCAUUCUCAUGAAGCCAAACUACUGGGAAGGGGGCCCGCCGACCGAAGAGGCCGACCGCCUCGAGAAUUCGAUGCCGAUUCUGUUCACAAAACUGCUUGCUCAACGUGCGACCGUUGCAAUCAAGGAGAGAGACCAAGAGCUCCUGGAUGGCCUCGUCAAAAGGGGCUACAAGCUCAACUCCGGCGAGGACGGCUCUGGCUUCCUCUUCCUCGCGCUCAAACGUGCAGGCGGCUACUAUCUUGACGUCGGUGCAUGCCAGAUGAUCGUCGACGGCAAGAUCAAGAUCAAGAAUGGAACACAGAUUGAGCGGUUCACGUCCAAAGGGAUCAAAUUCACCGACGGCAGCGAGCUCGACGCAGACGUCGUCAUGUUUGCCACUGGCUUCGAUGAUGCCCGAGGACCAAUCACCGACGUUGUUGGCCCUGAGGAAGGAAAGAAGGUCGGACCCAUCUGGGGCCUCAACGCCGAGGGUGAAAUUCGUGGCACUUGGCGCGAGAUCGGCCUGCCCAAUUACUGGUACAUGAUGGGCAACUUGGCAUGGGGCCGCUUCUUCUCCAAGCACCUUGCUAUGCAAAUUAAGGCGAAGCAGGAAGGCAUCUUCGGCGAGCGGUAUUCUGCGCCUGUUGACCUCAAAGCGUGAAGCUAUUGUAGAGAUUUUGAGAUAUACAAGAGAGACAAAAGACGGAUUGUAUCGAUAUUCGUCUGAUGUAGCACUGUCCGUCCUAUUCGGGAUCACUUGAUGUAUCUAUUGUGUACAGAUAUUCCUUUAGCCCUAGACGGCAAAGAAAUGAGUAAAAAUCGUCAAAUGCUACGUGUCGCGGUAUCGCAC